AUGACAGAUUCAGACGCCCAAUCAGUAUUUGGGACCUCUAUCCUUACGUCGUCUUCUCCUCAACUGGCUGCUACAAUCUUGCCUACAAGUCUUGAAUCGACUUCAAAGUUAGUUGAUAAAAAUUUCUUACCUUGGUUUACCGCUUAUUCCAACCAUUUACAAAAAACCAACCAGUCUUUAAAUCAAUUAUUGUCUGUUGGUUCUCAAUUCUUUAAUAAUAUACCCAAUGCUGGUGAAUAUGGAAACAUUCCUAAAUUAUGGAAUUGUUUGCUCAAUUCAAUUCAAUUAGAUAUUCAUACCAAUGAAUUAUUAUAUAAACAAUUGAAGUUAGAGACCAUUGGUCCUUUGAAAGACUUAUCUUCUCAGAAUAAUAUCCAUUAUUCCGAAUUAUUAAUCAAUUCUCAAGAAUUACAAGAAAUUUCUCAAUCCCUCUCUUCAAACCCCCAAGCAGAAUAUCAAUGGAAUGUUAAAGCUCCUCAAAUUUUUGACAAUUUCGAAAAUUUUAAAAAAUUCGAAAAACAACUCUACUUUAACGUUAUUUUAAAUUUCUUCCAAUCAAACAAUUCAAAUCUUUCGAAAAAUUUGUCAAAUAAUGAAAAUUCUUCAAAUUAUUUGUUAUCAAACUUUAAAAUUGAUAAAGAAAUGGCAAAUUAUUUGGAUUAUCUCUUGAAAAAUUACUUACCAAAUGCUAAACCUAUAGACAAAUCGGUUCCUCCUCUGCCUCAUACCACUUCUUCUUUCCCCAAUGAUAUGCAUCUGAUUAAUUCUUCAACAAGUACUCCAAGUCAUAACCCACAGCCUACUUCAAAAGCUGCUAAACGUCAAUCAAAAAUUAAAUCAAAAGUCGGUUCCAUCUUUGGUCGUAAAAAUAAAAAAUCAGUUGCCUCUCCAACUCAUAACGUUAAUACUUUAUCAAAUGAUACCAUUCCUGAACUGGCCCUGUCAACAACUUCUUCCUUAAAUCGUCGUUCAACUUCUCAUUCAGCUUUACCAAAUAAGUCUCAAGAAUCAUUGGCUAACCAUUUAAAUAGAAGUGCUACUACCUCCCUGAGAAAUGGCUCGAUCAAAAGACAGCCUUCUGAUGUAUAUCAGCUGGGCUCUCUUGCUCAACAGAGAACUCCUCAACAUUCUCAACAACCUCAGUUUGGUAAACAACAACAACAACAACAACAACAAUCGUCUCCUCCACAACCAGAAAGAAGCCAAACUUUCCAGUCGAUCAAUUCUACUCCUUUGUCUCCCGUCUCUCCUAACUCCCCUCAAGUCGGAAGAUCUGUUGAUCUAAAACAACAGCAACAACAACAACAACCAGUGGCUCUUUCUGCAAACUCUUAUGCUACUCAAGACCCUCGUACUCCAAUUCCUCAAAAAGAAAACAUUAAACAAGAAUCGAUUCCUCAAGAAUCUCCUAAUGUUGUCAAGUAUGGCCAUGAAGAUGAAAGUUCUUCCGAUGAUGAUGUCCCAAUUGAUAGUAGAGGUAAUCGUUUAUCAAUGUUACAAAAACAUGACUUAGAUCAUCAAAAUAAUGUUUCUGCUAAUGAUGGUUCUUUCUCUCCAAUUGUUCCUCCUCCAUCUAAUUCAAAUGUUCAAAAUGCUUCAAACAAUGAUGACUUCUUGGGAAUCGCAAGAUCAAGACAAGGUAGUGACGGUAUUUACAGUUUUGAAGCUGGUGAUGAUACUCAACCAAUUUCCGCUACUCCAAAGCAAGAACAACGUGCUUUCCCUAGUAAUAGUGGUACUUCAAACACAACUGAUGAAGAUCGUUUGCCAGCUCCUGAUGUUCUUGAUAAUGAAGAAUCUCCUAUUCGUUAUGAAUAUCAUAAUAAAGGUGAUGAACCUUCUUCACUGAAAAAUAAUGACGCUGGUAAUGGGUAUUCUGGUCUUGGAAUUGGUGCUGCUGCUGGUGCUGCCAUUGGUACUGCUGCUGGUGCUGUUGGAAUAGCUUCCAAUGAUAAUAAAUCACAUUCGCAGCCACCUCCUCCUCCCCCAUCGAGAAAAGUUGCCCACAAUACUUCUAACCCUUCUGGGCCAACUCCUCCACCAAAACAAAAUAAUGUUCCUCAAGUAAAAGAUAGAAGUCUGCAAAUCUUCCAUAAUUUGCCUAAUGCUCGUGAAUCUUUUGUUCAACCUCAAGUCCAAAUUCCUGGUGCAUUUCCAACAGGUGGUGGAACUUCUUCUCCAGCUCCUAUUCAGUCAUUGAUUAGUCAAAGUACUGGUAAUUCUAUCCUCAAACAGACUGAUUUAUUCAAACAUAACUUUGAAGAUGAAAGAGAUGGAUUGAAUACUUCUGUCGCCGAAAUUAUCAAUGUUACAUUCAAAAAUGGUGAAUUGACCAAAUCACAAAUUGUUGGUGAAGUGGCCUUUAAUUAUAAUAACUCAUUACAAUUGGGUAAUUUACCAGACAUCAAAAUUAAGGUUCAAAAUAAGUUGGAUAAGUUUGUUGUCAAUGAUCAAUUUUUAAAACAAGUUGGUCAACAAGAGUUUGUUUUGGAUCCUUCCUCAAUUUUAUCGAAAACAUUAGGUGGGUUGAAAUACUUAGUUCAAUUGAAUGAAUCUCAAAUUCCUUUAUUGAUUAGACAAAUUUGGAAAUUUGAAAAUCAUCAAGCUAGUUUAAUUCUUAUUUUAAAAUUAAACCCCAAAUACUCCUCUAAAAUUAGUGUCAAUAAUUUGAUUAUUUCUGCAGCUUUGAACAAUUUGAUUGAGACCACUUCUGCAUCUUCUAAACCAGAGGGUUCAUUUAAUAAAGAUAAAAAUCGUAUUACUUGGAGAUAUCCAAAACCAUUGGUUCUCUUCAAUUCUGGUUUAGAAAAUUCAGAUGAGGAUAGUAAUCAAGAAAAGAUUAUUGCAAGAAUUAUGACUAAAGGAUUAGCUUCUGAACAUGAAUCAGGAAUUCAAGUUAAAUUUAGCCUUAGUGAACCUCCUGUUAAGUCUGCUAAAAUUGUUGACGCCAAUGAUGCUCAAAUCCCAAGUGUUCAUAAUUUAAUUAGUGGAAACUAUAGUUCUCAUAGUUGAUUAUUAAUUUCGUUAUAUUUGUUUAAGUUUCUUCUGUUUGUUUUAGUUUUAUUGUUUUCCUUAAAUUCUUGACCAUGUUUUUAUUGUUU